AUGGAAGAAACCCAGGUCGCGUCUUCCGCGACUUCUGCACUCUUAACCGACCUCCCUCAGAAAAUCGAGAUCCACGAGCAUACGCACAUCGACGAAAUCACCGGCCUCGAGACUCCCGAACAACUCCUCACGCCCGAAAACAGCCGUUCCGAAACCUCCAGCAACAACGAGAACGCGUCGUCAAACGACGAGAAGGAGAAACCGGCACUCCGGCGAAGAUCUACACGUGUUACACGCACCUCUCUACAAGCCGCUCAGCUGGAGACUCCGGAGACGGAGAGUAAUGAUGCUUCUUCAGCUACGAACGGCGAUACCCCGGCCAAUUCCGUUUCGGGAGGAAAGAGGGCCUCGUCUCGUCUCCGGCAUAGUAUAGCGGUGAUGGAAUGGAGCGAAGCUAGCGAAACGAGUGACUCACAAAGCCACGCGAAUACAGACAAACACCCGCUUACGCCAGACACGUCUAUUUCGGAAACUUCUCAGGAGCCGGCUUCGGAGGAGGUCGACACGUCGCUACAGCCGCAGACUCUACGGAAACGGGUGGAUAAGACCAAGGAAGAUACUGCGGAGAAGGAGGAGGAGACUGUUGAGUCUAAGGAAAAUGAUGAGGAACAGACAUUGAGGCGCUCCUCUCGCCGAGGUGUCGCGGAGAGGGUGGCAUCGCGGCUUGCCGAGCAAGCCAACACCGUCUUGGGAAAACGAACCAGGAGUGCGAAAGCGAAAGAGCCCGAUCGUCGGUCCAGCCUCCGCCCUCGAAGUAUCGCUCCGCUCAAGGAGGAGCCCGCGCCGUCGACCAACAACGACCCUGCCGCCAAGAAACGACGAGUUUCGGACAGUGACCUACCAUCAUUCACUAAGUCGCAUGAAGAAGAAGAGUCGUCUACGCAGAAGGAGGAAGAGGCAGAGUCCGCUCCGGUGCUCCGGAGAUCUAAGCGUUGGCUGACGCAUGGUCUAUACUCCGGACAAGAACCGGAAGGUACUCGCCCUACUCAAACCAAGAAGAAUAAGACUACGUUCAGGCGGAGACAGAGGGAUGCGCCGCGCAACUUUCUCCCAAUGCCCAUGUUCGCCGGCGAUAGGUUGCUGCAGAAUGGGAGGGACUUCCAGCUUCCUUUCGACAUCUUCUCGCCACUUCCUCCUGGUCAGCCCAAGCCUAAUGAGUGGAGGAAGACCAACAAGAAUGUGUUCGUCGGCGAAGCAGGAAGCAUAUGGAGAGCCAACAAAGACAUGGAAUUAUCGAAAUGCAUGUGUACCGCAGACACCGGCUGUGACGAAAAUUGCCAAAACCGCUAUAUGUUCUACGAAUGCGACAACGGCAAUUGCAGCUUGGGCCGCGAUUGUGGUAACCGUAGCUUCGACGAACUCAAGCAACGAACCAAGGCCGGAGGGAAGUACAACAUCGGUGUCGAGGUCAUCAAAACGCCAGAUCGUGGAUACGGUGUUCGUAGUAACCGCACAUUCGACCCAAACCAGAUCAUCGUGGAAUACACGGGAGAGAUCAUUACUCAGUCUGAAUGCGAGAAACGGAUGCGGACGACAUACAAGAAGAACGAAUGCUACUACCUGAUGUAUUUUGAUCAAAACAUGAUCAUCGAUGCUACUCGAGGUUCCAUCGCUCGAUUUGUGAACCAUUCCUGUGAACCCAACUGUCGAAUGGAGAAAUGGACGGUUGCUGGCAAACCUCGCAUGGCGCUCUUUGCAGGUGACCGUGGCAUUAUGACUGGGGAGGAGUUGACUUACGACUACAACUUUGAUCCCUAUUCGCAGAAGAAUGUCCAACAAUGCCGGUGCGGUUCAGCCAAUUGCCGUGGAGUAUUGGGACCCAGGCCGCGUGAAAAGGAACAACGGUCCAAGGAGAGGGAAGAGCAAAAGAAACUAAGCGCGAGCGCGAAGAAGACGCAAUCCAAGGCCACGACAAAGCGAAAGAUUGGAAGUGUCAUCGACGAAUCAGCCUCACGACUGAACAAAAAACGGAGGACCGUUAAGACUAGGGUCAAUAAGGCUAUUUCAAAAUCGCGCGCCUCUGUUUCACGAUCAACCGCGACAAAGAAGACAGAACCGGCUACAAAGCGCACAUAUAAGAAGAGGACCACCGCAGCCACCGCCAAGUCGAAGGCCGCGACUGCAACUGCGACUACGAAUACGACAAAAACCGCCCCCAAAACCAAGCGCAAUGUGAAAUUGCCUAAGGUAACAACCAAGGCCAAGGUCAAGACGACGGUUCGCGCUACCACCAAGACCAAGCCUGCAGCAAAGGCCCAACCAUCCAAGACCGAAGCAGCGUCCACGCUUAAGCGUCCAUCGGCAGAGACCAAAGCCAAGAUCCUCGCUGCGGCGAAGGGAACGGGUCGGAAGCGGGGGCCUAAGAAGGCGGAUGCGAAGGAAGAAGCCAAGCCUAAGGCUGGUCGUGGUCGCUGGGGCGGUGCUAGAACCAAGACUGCCAAAGCUACUAAGGAUACUACGCCGAAGACCGCGCGAGGUGUCAAGGCUAGCAAGAAAUAA